AUGGACAAUAUCGAAAUUUCAUCGACUUUCUCGGACGAAACCGGGAUGACGCCCACGCAUACCAGCUUACCUAGGUUAUACGCCGACCCUGAACUACCGCCGUAUAUGUGUCCUGCACCUGCCGCAGUCGCUCCUUAUAAGGGAGCGACCUUCGUCAUUCGCGAUCCUCAGAGCGGCCUUGUUAUCACACUCAAGGAUGGCAAGUUAGGUUUGGCCCCUGGGGAUAAGGCGGAUUCUUUCAUCAAUUAUGAUGACGGCCGUGGCAGCCACUGGCGCUGCGUCGAAAACAAGGACCGCUGGCUGGGCUUCAAAAAUGCAGUUUCCGGAGAAUUUAUUGGACACGAUAACAACAAGAAGAACUGGCGCUUUAUGGCAAAGGUCGAGGCCCACAAUGAAUGGGAGUUUUUCUGUGUCCGUCAGCAUCCGGAUGGCGGUCAUGAGCUGCUUAUGAAGCAUUGGGGUGGCUUUCGUGCGAUGCAAGUAGGCGGCAAUGACAACAGGGAGCUGGUGGUUGCUGGUGAAGGACAAGGCGGAAUGGCAUGGGAGUUUCUCAAGGUUCACUCUUGA